AUGCGCUCCCAGACGGACCUCGCCCCGGCCGAGAGCCGCAUUACAACCAUGUUCGCCAAGGCCGCCGCCAACCAGCCCCUGCGCGCCACCCAGAAUGGCGACGAUCUGGACAUGGAUCUCGCCUCGCUGGCGGACAAUAUCCGCAGCGAGGCCGCCGGCACCCGGGACGGCUCCUCGAAGCAGCAGCGGCCCGGGUCCGACACGUCGGCCUCCUUCACGGCCUUCGGCUCUGGGGCCGGGUAUGCCCCAUCGCCGUAUCUGGCGCGGGCGCAGGCCGCGGCCGAUGCCGAUCGGCGUGUGGCCGCGCAGCGCGCCGCCGCCAUCGCCGCCGCCACCAUCGACAGCGAUGACGAGGCGGCCCUGCUGGAGCUGGAAAGCGAAGUGGCCACGGCCAUGCCCAUGGCACCUGCUGGGCCGUCAUCCCAGCCGGCCACCAGCCAGCUGUCCGGCUCCCUCCCGGAUGCCAACCGCUUCCUGCGGGCAGAGCCGGCGGACGCCCCCCGGGCCGCCGUGGCCCCGGGGCCCGCCAGCCCGGGCUGGCUGCACUUCUACUGGCUGGACUGCAUCGACCACGCGGGGGUCAUCUACCUGUGCGGGAAGAUCCGCCAUGGUGGCACGGACCAGCGCCCGCAGUACCAGAGCUGCAGCAUUGCCGUGCGCAAUGUCGAGCGCAACCUGUUUUUCCUCCCCCGCACGGAGGAUGGUGACGAUGGCCCCUCCUACAGCAUGGAGGAGGUGGAGGCCGAGCUGGCCGACCUCUUUGCCCGGCAUGGCAUCCGCGAGUGGUCCUCCAAGCCGGUCCGCCGGAAGUACGGCUUCGAGCUGGAGCACAUCCCGCGUGAGGCCGAAUACUUGAAGGUGUCCUACUCGUUCACCGCCCCGACCCUGCCGGCCGACCUCAAGGGACGCACCUUCUCGCAUGUCUUCGGCGCGGACACUCGCAUCCAGGAGCGCUUCAUCGUCAAGAACCGCCUCAAGGGCCCGAGCUGGCUGUGGAUUUACGGCUGCGAGGCGACGCCGGCCGAGCGCUUCGUCACCUGGAGCCGGCACGAAUAUUCCCUCGACAACCCGAAGGGCAUCCACGCCGGGGCCAUGGCCGCCACGAACACCGGCACCGCCGAGGGCCCCACCACCGGGGCCACCCCGAGCGCACCGAAUGCCAAGGUCUCCCCCCGGUGGGAACGUCACGGCUGGCCAGCCCCCCCGGCGGCGGCCAAUGACCCGCCCCCGGGCCCCCCGCCGCUGGUGGUGGUCAGCAUCAGCCUCAAGACGCUGGUCGACCGGACCGGCCGGGGGAAGGAGAUCUUCGGGGUGACGCUGCGCGCGCACCAGCAGGUGUCGGCCGACGCGCCGACCCCCCUGGACGGGCCCAUCGCCAGCAACUUCGACAUUUUGUCGGUCUUCCGCCGAGUCGGCCAGGCGGCCGUGGCCGCCUGCCCGGGGAUCGUGGCCCGGGCCUCGGAGAAGGACCUGCUGGAGUUUGUCCUGGAGAAGCUGGUGCACAUCGAUGUGGACGUCCUGCUGGGGCAUGGGCUGCUGGGCAGUGGCUUUGGCGCGGGCCCCGGCGGCAGUGGCGGCACGCUGGAGACGCUGCUGCAUCGGCUGCAGGCCACUCGGGCACGGGACUGGUCGCGUCUGGGCCGGCUCCGGCGCCGGGACUGGCCGCACACCUUCGGCAAGGGGGCCCUGAGCUCCUUCUACGAGCGCAUGCUGACCGGUGGCCGGCUGCUGUGCGACACGCAGCUGGCCGCGCGGGAUGCCCUGCGCGAGCAGUCCUACACCCUGGAGCACCUGCUUUCCAGCUACCUGGAUCCCAAGGGCCAGUUGGGGACCUUCUUCGAUUAUGUCCCGGUGCCGGCCGACGAGGCGGAGGCCUACCUGGCCCGGGCGGCCUCGGUGUGGGACAUCCACCAGCACAGCCUCUUCGAGGCGCACCUGGUGUUCAUGCUGCUGUUCAAGCUCAGCUACCUGCCCCUGAGCCGGCAGCUGACCGCCAUCGCCGGCAACCUGUGGAACAACACGCUGGCCGGCUCGCGCGCCGGGCGCAAUGAGUACCUCCUGCUGCACACCUUCCAUGGGCUGAAGUACAUCGUGCCCGAUCGGCAGGGCGGCCGGGGGAGCGGGUCGGCCGGGCCCGGCGGCCGGGGCAAGAAGCCCGGCCGGGCCCAGGCCCCUGCCCCGGUCAUUUUCAAUGCCGAGGAUGAGGUGGAGGCGGUGGCCGCCUCGCUGGGCUCCCUGUCCGAUGGCGAGGACAAUGCCUCGGGCGAUGAGGACGCCCGGGCGGGUGGCCGGUCGAAGGGGCCCGGUGGUGGGACCCACGCCGCGGCCAAGCGCAAGCGCGGCCCCACCUACCAGGGUGGCAUGGUGCUCGAGCCGAAGAUCGGCCUCUAUGACACCAUGAUCCUGGUGCUGGACUUCAACUCCCUCUACCCGAGCAUCAUCCAGGAGUACAACAUUUGCUUCACCACGGUGGACCGGUUUUCCGGGGGGGCCUCCCCCGGCACCGGUGCUGAUGGCGAGACCACCACCGACACCAAGGCCCGGCAUGCGUUGCCGCCGGUCCCGGCCGAGGGCACCCCCCGGGGCAUUCUCCCGGACAUCCUGGCCUCGCUGAUUGCCCAGCGUGGGGCUGUCCGCCGGCAGAUGAGGCGCCCGGGCCUCGGGCCGGUCGAGUACGACCAGCUGAACCUCCGGCAGCAGGCCCUCAAGCUGACGGCCAACUCCAUGUACGGGUGUUUGGGGUUCGCGCAUUCGCGGUUCUUUGCCCGGCCGCUGGCCAUGCUGAUCACGGCCAAGGGCCGUGACGUGCUCAACCAGACGGUGCAGCUGGUCGAGGCGGGGCAAUCCUUCACGGUCGUCUACGGCGACACGGACUCGCUCAUGAUCAACACCCACUCGCAUGAGUAUGCCGCCGCCCGGCGGGCCGCCUCGGACAUCAUCCGCGAGGUGAACAAGGGCUUCCGCCACAUCGAGCUGGACAUGGACAACAUCUUCGCGCGGCUGCUGCUGCUGCGCAAGAAGAAGUAUGCCGCCCUGUCGGUGGUCCGGGCCCUGGAGGGGGGGCCGGCCGCGGCCAACACCCUGGCCGGGGCCGGCGGCAUGCCCGGCUUCGAGACCAAGCUCGAGAUCAAGGGCAUCGACAUGGUCCGGCGCGACUGGUGCAUGCUGACGCGGCAGCUAUCGCGCGAUGUGCUGGACGUCAUCUUCGGCUUGGAUCCGGUGGCGCGGGCGGCCCUGCGAGCGGCCGGCGCCGGCGACCCGCUGGCCGCCACGGACGCCGCCCUGUCCUUCGCGCAGCGCGUGCUGGAUGUGGUGCGCGCGCGGAAUGCCGACAUCCGGGCCGGCCGGGUGGACACCGCGCAGUUUGUCAUCUACAAGACCCUGGUCCGGGCACCGGAGCAGUAUGUCGACGCGCGGAACCACCCGCACGUCAUGGUGGCCCUGCGCCAGCGCGCGCGCGGCAUCAGCCAGCGCGCCAACGAUGUCAUCCCGUAUGUCAUCUGCACGCCGGAGUCGGUGGACAUGCUGCAGGAGGCAUCCGCCGGGGCGGGGCCGGCGGCCGGCGGGCCGGGGCCCACGACGGCCGGCACCGGCUUCGCGCGCUACGCCUUCCAUCCGGACGAGGUGAGCCUCAGCAGCGGCGUGCUGCAGAUCGACUUCGAUUGGUACAUCUCCCAGCAGAUCUUCCCGCCGAUCUCGCGGCUGUGUGCCCCGAUCGGAGACCUGCACAUGGGGCAGCUGGCCGAGUGUCUGGGGCUGGAUGCGCGGCGCUUUGACCCCGCUCGCUCGGCCGGCGCCGGUGCCGGCGCCGGCGGCGGCUUCGGCUCGUCGUACUUCGGCCUGGCGAGUGACCCGGUGGCCGACACCCUGGCCGGUCUCUUCGGGUCGACCGACGCCGACCGCUUCAGCCAGUGUCCCCAGCUGUUCCUCUCGUGCGUGCACUGUCCCCGCGUUGGGCCCUUCCGGGGGGUUUUGCGCUUCGAGCCGAUCGACCCGGCCGCCGCCGCCGCCGCCGCCGGACAGCGCGGCGCCGCUGGGGACCUGUCGCUGGCGUCGACGUCGGCCACCAAUGCGCGCUUCCUCGUGCGCAAUGGCUUCCGGUGUGGCGGCUGCCUGGCGAUCUUCCCCCGGGCGGUGGUCUUCAAUGGCGUGGUGCGCGCCAUCCGCCGGGCCAUUUCCCAGUACUAUGAGGGCUGGAAUGCGUGCGAUGAGUGUGGCGCUCGGGGGCGCCACGUCCGCGGGGCCCCGGCCGUGGACCUGUCCGGCGCGGCCGGCGAGGCGCGCCGCUGCCGCGCGCUCAACGGCUGUGGCGGCUCCGGCACCCUGACCCCGGUGCUCUCGUCGACGGAUCUCUACAACCAGCUGCACUACUUUGACUUCCUCUUUGAUCGCGCCCGCAUCAUGGAGGCGGAAAAGCGCGCGCACCGGGUCUCCGAGCCCGGCGCCCUGGACAUGACCGAGCUGUAUGAGCUGGACGAGCCGGACACCAUCGAGCUGAUCCGAUCUGUGCAAGCCGAGGUCCGCCGGUAUCUGGAGCUCAAUGCCCUGGGCUAUGUGGACAUGGGGUCGCUCUUCGGCGCCAUGGGAGCCAUGUCGUGACUCUGGCCCGCUGUGUGGGGGGCCCCGCUCGGCCCCCCGGCGCACGAGUAGCCGGCCGGCCGGCCGGCGAGGCGCCCCCCCCCCCCCCCCCCCCCAC